AUGGAAAUAGAUGCCAUUAAAAAAGAAAAAUUACAAAUAGAAAGAGAUAAAGCUCAGAAAGAAGCUGAUAUUAAAAUAAGACAAGGCGAUGUUCAGAUGCAACAGAAAGAAUUUGAUGCUAUAACUAAUACAUUACAUCAAUUAGAACAACAGAAGAAAGAAGCUCAAAAACGAUUAGAUGAACUAGAUGAUAAGAAAUCUAAAUUGGAAGGAAAUGUAAAAGAACUAAGAGAGAAAUGUGAUAUGGAACUAGGAGAGGUUACAAAACUUAAAACACAAUUAUCUCAACAAGAAAAAAGGAUUAAGAAUCAAGAGCAAGAAUUAAAUGAUUUAAGAACAGAGUUAAAUAAGUUACGUGAGGAAGAGAGUCAAUUAGAACAGACAGUAGAAUCCAGUAAAACACAAUUAGAAUCACUAGUCAAAUCAAAUAAUGACUUACAAAUACAGACUAAACAGACUAAAGCCCGACUACAGCAUUUACAAGAUCAACAAAGAGCAUUAACUGGUAGUAUUAGUAACUAUACAGCUCAAUUAAACGGAAAUGAUAUAGCCUUAACAACACCUGGUAUAUCUUCUGAUAUUGAUCAACUUAGUUCUAGAGCUACAGUUGGAAGUCCAGUGAGCACUAUAAGUAAUUUCAGUGCCCCCUGCUUAGAUGAUUUUAAAGAAGACCCUUUUAAAGGAAAAGAUCCUUUUAAUAAUUCCUCUGAACAACCUGAUCCUUUUCAAAAUGAAGAUCCCUUUAAAGGAAAUGAUCCAUUUGCAGCUGAUCCAUUUGCAGCUGAAGAUCCAUUCCAAAGUUCAGGAUUUAAUUCUGCUGGUCAGGAUGAUCCUUUUGCCAGUAAUGAUCCAUUUGGUGGUAGUGCUUUUUCUUCUUCACCAAGUAAAAAGAAACCAGAUAAUUUUGAUGCUUUUGGAUCAGGGUUUGGUUCAUCUCCUUCAAAGAAACCUUCUCAUAAAAAGAUGCCACCUCCAAGACCUGCACCUCCAAAAGGUAAAAGCCCAGCAGCUUCACCUUCUAAACCAAAAGUUGAUCCAUUCGGUGGAUUCCCUAAUGAUCCAUUUGCUGGUAAUGAUCCUUUUGCUAGUUCUGGAGGAGGAAAUAAAUCUGAUGCUUUUGCAAAUUUUGCUGAUUUUAGUCCCAGUAAGUUUGAUACUGACGCCUGGUCCAGUCCCUCAAAAUCAGCCACAGCAGUACCACAGACUCUCAAUUUUACAAGUUCCAGUGUAGAACAAGAAGAAACAGACGCAUAGGGACUCCAACUAUAAUUCAUACAUGUCAUCUAUUUAGUUACCAUGUAAUUUAACUCACUUUCAUUGUUUUAGACUUCUAUGUUGUCUUUUUAAAAAACUUUUCACUCAUAAUGUUUCAUUGCUAAAAUCAUUUUAUGGAUCACAAUUUCUUUGGUAUGUUAUGACAAUAUUUUGAAAGCUAUAAUUAUCAGAUUAUUUGUGAUAGGUUACUUUUUACUCUAAUAGUACCCUACAUUGUAUUGAAUGUGAUUGAAAAAUAUGACCCCCUGCUAAUCAAUGCCCAAGUUUGGUAAAGGAUUGGCUAGACAGGACUUGGGAACCUAUAAAUAAGUUUUACAGUUGUGACUAUCUUUCAUUCCUUUGGAUGCUGGCUUCAGAUGAACCAAAAUCUUUAGAUAUUAUUAUACUUUAAUUACUUCUAGUUUUAUUAUUAAAAGUUUAUAGUUAAGAAAUGUAUUAUAAAGAAAGAAAUAAGAUAGGUGCCAUGGUAGAAAAGAAACUUUACAAAUUAUAAUUGUUAUAUAGUUAUUUAUUAUCAACCAUAUUAUAAUACUUGGUAGUCUUACAGUGUAGUCCGGAGAUUAUACGUAUAGAGAAAAUGUUACACAAUAUUUAUAUAAGUUGGUCUGCAUGUUAAAAUGCAAGCUUUUAUCAGGUUUUACAUUAAAAUCAGAUAAGGGGAUAUUACCUUAUUCAACAAAAAAAAAGCAAGAAAUACUGUCAAAUAUCUUGAGUUGCCAAAAAAUCUGCUGUAUUAAAUGCAAAUUCCAAUUUCCAACUAGAAAGGUGUGUAAAUGAAAUAAAUAUUUUGGUCUAGUGAACUCUGAUAUUAAAUGUCACAAAAAACUAUAUCUAGUACCAGUAUCAGGUUAUGUUGGUUUCAGUAGACCAGAGACAAAUCCUUAAGCAAAAGUGAUAUACAUGUAUUUAGUUAAAAUGACUUUCCAAUCAACCAAUCCCAUUUAUAUGUUGAUGUUUAAUGUAAGAAUGACCAAGUUUGUGUAAUGUUAAAUAAAAUAGUGCAAUAU